AUGAUCCGUCCCGCACUCUUCGCCCGCCGCUUCGCCUUCCCCGCAUCUAUAAGGUCCUACCACAGAUCCGCAAGUAUGGCCCUCAAGGCAAUUUCCUCCAAAGAUGCGGCCUCUCUCGAUGAAGACCUCAUCGGGACCGGCGGCUUCUCCCUCGACCAAUUGAUGGAACUCGCCGGCCUCUCUGUAUCGCAAGCAGUCUACCGAGUCCACCCCCCAAGCACAGGAAAGAAUAUCCUUGUCAUCUGCGGCCCAGGGAACAACGGAGGCGAUGGCCUCGUCGCAGCCCGCCACCUAGCACACUACGGAUACACCCCAUCAAUCUACUACCCAAAAGAAGGCAAAAAGGAGCUCUACAGCCGACUAAAAACGCAACUCUCGCAACUCUCCAUCCCCUUCAUCUCCUCCCCCUCCGACUUCCAGUCCACCCUAGGGAAAACAUCCCUAAUCAUCGACGCAAUUUUCGGCUUCUCGUUCGGCGGGCCCCUCCGCGACCCGUUUCCGGAGAUCAUCUCGGCAAUCGAGAAUGCGGCCGCGCCCGUCCUGGCUGUUGAUGCGCCGAGUAGUUGGGAUAUUGAACAGGGUCCGCCCAAGGAGGGACCUGGGAGUGGGUUUAUGCCGCAGUAUUUGAUUAGUCUGACGGCGCCGAAGCCCUGUGUGAAGUUUUACAAGGGGAGGCAUUUUGUUGGUGGGAGGUUCUUGACGAAGGAUAUUGCGGGGAAGUAUGGCUUGGAUUUACCGCAGUAUCAGGGAAUUGAUCAGGUGGUAGAGGUUGGGGUUGAUGCUGAGGGGAGGCUUUGA